AUGGCCGUAAAAAGCAAAUCUAAACAAUCAGCAAAAGCUGUGCCGGUCACGAAGAAAGCUGCAUUAAAGAAAAAGAACGCAAAGGUAGAGGAAGAGCAGGACGAUAUGCUGGACAGCGAGCUGGAAGAUGAGGACGAAAUGAUGGAGCUAGAGGACGAUGAAUCGAUCGCGCCGGAGGAUGACGAUUCCGACGACGACGAGGAGAUGGAAGCAGAGAAGCCCCCAAAAUCGGCCAAACAGUCGAAAAAGUCGCCGGUUAAAACGCCUGCCAAGGAGCCAAAGGAGAAGAAGCAGGCCCAGUCGCCGGCCGGAAAACAAACGAAUGGAACGAAAAAGACGGCCGAGCUCAACCUAAAACCGAAGGAAUCGCUCUCGGAACGGCUGCAGCGGACGAUUUGCGUGAAGCAUCUGAAAGCUACCCACACCGACACGGAUAUCGUAAAAUUCUUUGCCAGCGUGGGCCAAUGUACACUGGCGCGGCGUGUACUGGGCAAGGGUCUGGCGAUGGUCCUGCUGGACAGUGCUAAGCAGGUCGAGAAGGCACUAGCUCUGAAUGGAAAAACGCUAAACGGGCAUGCACUUAUCGUGGAACGUUCCAAGUUUGUCGGUCUGGAUGAGAAGCUCAAGGAGAAAAAGAAGCUUCGAACGAAGAAGCAAAAACUAGCGCGCCGGAAGAAAGCAAAGCAGGAAGGAGCUGCUGCGGAGAAACCGGCCCAGAAGGUAGUAACCGGCGAGGGACAGAAGAACAAAAACAAGAAGGGCAAGAAGGAGCCACAGUCGCCGAAACCGAAGCAGCAGCAAGAGGGCAAAAAGCAAAAGAAAGUAGUAGAUUCUCCGGCCCAAAAGAAUACACCAGCGAAGAAGCUGGCAGCAGCGAGCACGGAGAACGGUGGUGGUAAGAAAAAGAAGGACAAAAAAGCAAAAUAA